AUGUUUCUGUUUUUGCUUUUUGUUGGAACCUUCGGAGCAGAGGAAGAUAUCAUACAUUGUAAGAUGCUUGGAAGCCCUGAGUUUCCUCUGUUAUCUAGGAAAGGAGAUAUCACAAUUGGAGGAGCCUUUUCCAUCCAUAGCCAAAUCUCAAAGCCUUCACUCUUUUUCACAGAAACUCCAGAACGACUAACAUGCUCCAGGAUAAAUUUCAGAGAAUUUCGUUUUGCUCAAACAAUGAUUUUCGCCAUUGAGGAGAUCAACAACAGUAGCUCUCUGCUACCUAAUAUUACAAUUGGUUAUAAGGUAUUUGACACCUGUGGUUCAACGCUGCCUUCCACACGUGCAGCCAUGAGUUUAAUGAAUGGACAAGACAGGAGUAUGGGAAAAAACUGUUCAAGCCAGUCAUCGGUUCAUGCUGUCAUUGGAGCCUCUGAGUCCUCUUCAACGAUUGUGAUGCUACAAAUUUUAGGGAUAUUCCAUGUACCAGUGAUUAGUCAUUUUGCCACCUGUGCUUGCCUCAGUAACAGAAAGGAGUACCCCUCCUUCUUCAGAACCAUACCUAGUGACCAUUACCAGAGCAGAGCCUUGGCGAAACUUGUUAAGCACUUUGGCUGGACCUGGGUUGGGGCAGUUAGAAGUGACAAUGAUUAUGGAAACAAUGGCAUGGCAACUUUUAUUAAAGCAGCUAGUCAGGAAGGGGUUUGUAUUGAGUACUCAGAGGCAAUCUCAAGGACAGCUGAUCGCAGUGAGCAGGUUGCAAGGGUGGUCAAAGUGAUCCAAAGCAGCAGUUCAAAGGUUUUAAUUGCAUUCCUCGCCCAGGGUGAAAUGGAUAUUCUGCUUGAGGAAGCUCUGAAGCAGAAUUUGACUGAGCUUCAAUGGGUGGGCAGUGAAUCCUGGAUAACAGCAGGCCAUCUGGCCAAUAAGAGGUACUCAGGAAUCCUGAUGGGUUCUCUGGGCUUCACCAUUAGAAAGACGAAGAUUAAGGGCCUGCAAGAGUUUCUUUGGAAGGUCAACCCAAGUCAGAACCCACAAAAUAAUCUGCUCAGACAGUUCUGGGAAGUCACAUUUGGCUGCAGUUUCCAAUCCAGUCAGCAUCAGCAGACCCAGUGCUCUGGUUAUGAGAGACUACAGGAUAUUAAUAAUCCUUUCACAGAUGUGUCAGAGCUAAGGAUAUCGAACAAUGUGUAUAAGGCUGUGUAUGCUGUAGCUCAUGCCAUGCACAACAUGUUAAAAUGUGGAAAGAGUGGAGAAGCGAUGAACCAGUCAUGUCUCUGGAAAGUUGACUUUGAGUUAAAGCAGGUUGUGAAAUACCUCCAAGAUGUAAAUUUCACUCUCCAGUCAGAAGAGAAGCAGUAUUUUGAUGAAAAUGGUGACCCUGCAGCAACUUAUGAGCUGGUCAAUUGGCAGAGAAACCAAGCAGGAGGCACAGUGUUUGUGGCUGUAGGGAGCUAUGAUGCUUCACUACCCAAUGGAAAGCAGUUUACUAUAAAUGGAAGAAACAUAACCUGGGCUAAAGAAUCUCAUAAGAGGCCAAAGUCUGUCUGCAGUGAGAGUUGUUUGCCAGGUUUCCGUCAGGCUGUGAUUAAAGGCAAACCCAUCUGCUGCUUUUCCUGCAUUGCCUGUGCUGCUGGAGAGAUCAGCAACUCCAGCAGUUCUGCAGAGUGCUCACUUUGUCCUACGGGGUACUGGUCAAAUGAGGAUCAUAGCCAAUGUGUUCCAAAGAUAAUUGAGUUUCUAUCUUACGGAGAAACCAUGGGGGUCCUCCUCGCUGCUGUCUCAUUUUUUGGAGCAAGUUUAACUCUGGUGGUGUCAUGUGUCUUCUUUCACUUCCGUCACACACCUCUUGUCAAAGCUAGUAACUCUGAGCUGAGCUUCCUGCUCCUCUUCUCUUUAACUUUGUGUUUCCUGUGUUCCCUGACCUUCAUUGGCCAACCCACUGGGUGGUCCUGCAUGCUGCGACAUACAGCUUUUGGCAUCACUUUUGCCUUGUGCAUGUCUUGUCUGUUAGCUAAAACAAUAGCAGUGAUUAAUGCCUUUAAGGCUAAAAGGCCGUCGACCACAGUUCCUCAAUGUUCAGCUGCACUUCAACGAACAAGUGUUCUUAGUUGUACUUCGCUGCAGGUCUUAGUUUGUGUGCUAUGGUUAACACUUGCUCCACCUUACCCUCACAAAAACACAGCUCAUGCCGUUGACAGGAUUAUUCUUGAGUGUGAGUUAGGUUCGCCUAUUGGGUUUUGGGUGGUUUUGGGAUAUAUAGGACUCCUGGCUGGGCUAUGCUUUGUCCUUGCUUUUCUGGCUCGAAAGCUGCCUGAUAAUUUCAAUGAAGCUAAAUUCAUCACUUUCAGCAUGCUGAUAUUCUGUGCAGUCUGGGUCACCUUUAUCCCAGCGUAUGUCAGCUCUCCUGGGAAGUUUACUGUAGCUGUGGAGAUAUUUGCUAUUCUGGCCUCUAGCUUUGGGUUGCUUUUUUGUAUAUUUGCACAAAAAUGUUAUAUUCUCCUUUUGAAACCAGGGAGGAAUACCAAAAAACAAAUGCUGGGGAGACACCAUUGA